GCGGGUGCAAAGAAGGCCAAACAAGGCAGUCAGUCGGUGAGUGAGAGCAUCGAGCAGCACAGCGGCAAACGCAGACAUCUCAUCCUCAAAAAUCCCCAGGUCCCACGGUUUCCUCAAGUUCCAGCAAGCCUCCACACAAAAUGGCCGCGGUUCAAACUCUCCCCAAGGACGUCUCCAAGCUUGGACAAGAAGUCAAGCUUUUCGGAAAGUGGGAUACUCAGGAUGUCGAGGUCAAGGAUAUCUCCUUGACUGAUUACAUCCAGAUCCGACAUGCCGUCUAUGUCCCCCACACUGCUGGACGAUAUGCCAAGAAGCAAUUCAAGAAGGCGCAGAUGCCCAUUGUCGAGCGAUUGGUCGACAGCUUGAUGAUGAAAGGCCGCAACAGCGGCAAGAAGCUCUUGACCGUCCGCAUCGUCGCACAUGCCUUCGAGAUCAUCCACCUCCUCACCGACCAGAACCCUAUCCAAAUUCUCGUCGAUGCUAUUGUCAACACUGGUCCCCGUGAAGACUCCACCCGUAUCGGUUCUCAGGGUACCGUCCGUCGCCAGGCCGUCGAUGUCUCUCCUCUGCGACGAGUCAACCAGGCUGUCGCUCUCUUGACCACCGGUACUCGCGAGUCUGCGUUCCGAAAUGUCAAGUCUAUUGCUGAGUGCUUGGCUGAUGAGCUCAUCAACGCUGCCAAGGGUUCGUCGAACUCGUACGCUAUCAAGAAAAAGGAUGAGCUCGAGCGUGUCGCCAAGUCUAACCGGUAAAACGUCUCUUAUCCGACAACUCUUUCGUCGCUCUCCAUUUUUUUGCGGUGGGGAGAAGGGGGCUUAUCGCCUGGCAAUGCUAUCAUAUGGAGAUUGUGGCUGUCGUCAUCAUCGCUUGCCUUUGUCGUACGCAUAUAUUCAUACUUUUCAUGACUUUCAUCCUAUGUUUUACACAUAUGGUCACCAUUACAUGAUCUUCUCUCUGCUCCGUGUAAAUGAAGAUUUCCGGAAUCCAGAUAUUGUCACGACGGUCUUCUUAAGUCUAAGAUCAUUAGAUGCGCGAUAGACAUAAUUUGGAUCUGAGCACUACGGUGCAGAACACCUAAACGCCGCUACUUUGCGACAGUGGCCAACUCGGGGUCGCGACCAAAAAAGGUUGAUACUUCAU